AUGUCUCGUUUCCAAGGUUGCCUUAUUGGGGCCCUCAUUGGAGAUUGUUUUGGCAAACUGUUCGAAAAUUAUGGGAAAUUUACGCCUGACUCAGAAAAGUAUGUGAAAGUUACUCUUGAAUCAGUGAAGUUGUUUGUCGAUAAUGUAGAAGCUGAGAAAAGCAAGAAGAAUGCCAAAAUACUCCAUUAUACAGAUGACACUGAAAUGCGGCUGAGUGUUGAAGCCUCCCUUCUUAAACAUAAAGGGUUUGAUGCACAAGACAUGGCCAAACGAUUUGCAAAGGAAUACUUUGCUAGUAAAAGUCAUCGGAAUUAUGGUAGACAUGUCACCAAAAUAUUUUCUGAUUGGUCUUCAAAACACUUGGAAGAUGUUUUUCUGCCAGCCAGGCAGCAGUUUAAUGGAGCAGGUUCUUAUGGAAAUGGAGGAGGGAUGCGAAUUGCCCCAGCUGCCUUGUUUAUGUAUAAUGAAAAUUCACAAAAGUUGAAGGAACUCACUGACAAGAUUACUCAAUUGACUCAUACACAUAACUUGGGUAUUCUGGGUGCAUAUCUACAGGCACAAGCAAUUCACUUGGUCUUGAACACAACAGAAAGUCCAUUUCCUACAGAAAGAUUUCUGGAUAAAUUGAUUGAGACUAUGAUUUAUUAUGAAGAGGAAGCUUUUGGAAAAUCAUAUUCUCAAAAACAAGAGGUUUCCUUGUGUCUUUAUAGCCAGAAGUUAAAAGUUAUCAAAGAAUUUCUUGAUGAGCCUGAUGUUGACAAGAGGAAAAUUAUUCAUAAGCUAGGAAAUAACGUGUCUGCUUUAGACUCUGUUCCAACCAGUAUUUACUCAUUCCUUCGAGCUUUGUCAGAUAUUGAUGGACUGAAGGAACGAAAUGCUUUUGAGCGCACUAUCAUAUAUGCAAUAUCUUUAGGAGGAGAUACAGAUACAAUAGCCACAAUGGCAGGUGCUAUUGCUGGAGCAUAUUGGGGUGAAGAGGCCAUCCCCAUAACAUGGCAGCAGAACUUGAGUGAGUGUUUAAAAGAAGAAAGAAAGAGUAAUUGCGAUUACUUGGAAAAAAAUACGAAAACACUAAACAAGAUUUUGAAGAUGGCAGACAUCCCUGCAAAUCCAGUUUCCAUCAGCCUGGAUAAACCACGUUAUGACCAGAAUACAUUCAGUGGCCGAGCCAAGCAUUUCUUUAUUACCACAAAUCCUCUUAAUCUUUUCACAUCUUCUCAAGAAUUAGAAAAGGCAAAAUCCAUUGUGGAAGGUUAUCGGAAAGGAGAAAAAUUUCCUCAUCUGAGGGAAGAUGACAUUUGGAAAGCAAAGCAUCUUUAUGAUUCUGCAUACCACCCAGAUACUAAAGAGAAGAUGUUUUUGAUUGGACGAAUGUCUGCCCAAGUACCAAUGAAUAUGACCAUUACGGGAUGUAUGAUGACUUUCUAUAAAACUCCAAUGGCUGUCAUUUUUUGGCAGUGGUUUAACCAGUCUUUCAAUGCUAUUGUUAAUUAUACCAACCGAAGUGGUGACUCUCCAGUACCAUUAUCGUAA